GAAGUCGGGAGUUGUAGGCGAUGGGUGUGGUUGUGGCGGAGCGGUUCACACCGGGAGUUGUAGUUCUCAGCCGAGGCGGUUGGCGGUACCCACGCCGGGUUUGGGCUUCACCCGGAUGGCGGCUGCCACGCGCGGCUGCCGGCCCUGGGGCUCACUUCUCGGUUUGCUCGGGUUAGUCUCGGCCACGGCCUCUGCCUGGGACCUGGCUUCUCUGCGCUGCAACUUCGGCGCCUUCUGCGAAUGCGACUUCCGGCCCGACCUGCCGGGACUGGAAUGUGACCUGGCCCAGCACUUGGCGGGCCAGCAUCUGGCCAAAGCGCUGGUGGUGAAGGCGCUAAAGGCCUUCGUGAAGGACCCAGCCCCCACCAAGCCGCUGGUCCUGUCCCUGCACGGCUGGACUGGCACUGGCAAGUCCUACGUCAGCUCCUUGCUGGCGCGCUACCUCUUCCAGGGCGGCCUCCGCAGCCCCCGCGUGCACCACUUUUCACCUGUCAUCCACUUCCCCCACCCCAGCCACAUCGAGCGCUACAAGAAGGAUCUUAAGAGCUGGGUCCAGGGGAACCUCACUGCCUGUAGCCGCUCCCUCUUCCUCUUUGAUGAGAUGGACAAGAUGCCCCCAGGCCUGAUGGAAGUUCUAAGACCUUUCCUGGGCUCUUCCUGGGUUGUGUAUGGGACCAACUAUCGAAAAGCCAUCUUCAUUUUCAUCAGCAAUACUGGUGGUGAGCAGAUCAACCAGGUGGUAUUGGAGGCGUGGCGCAGCCACAGGGAACGGGAGGAGAUCCGCCUGCAGGAACUGGAGCCGGUCAUCUCCCAGGCUGUGCUGGACAACCCAAACCAUGGCUUCUGGCAUUCAGGCAUCAUGGAGGAGCACCUCCUGGACGCAGUGGUGCCCUUCCUUCCCCUCCAGCGGCACCACGUACAGCACUGCGUACUCAAUGAGCUGGCUCAGCUGGGCCUGGAACCACAGGACGAGGUUGUCCAGGCUGUGCUGGAUAGCACCACCUUCUUCCCUGAGCACGAGCAGCUCUUUUCCUCCAAUGGCUGCAAGACUGUGUCUUCCCGAAUUGCUUUCUUUCUCUGACUCCCUGGGUGGCAUUCUUGCCCUUCUCCACUGGCCAGGCUUAUAGGAAAGGCCUGAGGCCUCUGUCAAGAGGGACCCUUGCGGGUGGCACCUGUGGCUCAAAGGAGUAGGGCGCCAGCCCCAUAUACUGAAG